AUGGAAGGUUACAAGGUCUUCCAACUCGUUGCAAUAUUAUCUACUAUUUCAGUCAUUCAAGUUAAAGGACAAACUUCUACAGCCUGCACAGCCUCGAUGAUCUCCAGCUUCGCCCCUUGCCUAAGUUUUAUCACUGGAAGCACUAGCAAUGGCUCAUCGCCAACUCAAGGCUGUUGCAGUUCAUUUAAGUCACUCAUGAGCAGUAGCACGGAUUGUGCUUGUCUUAUAAUUAAUGCAAAUGUACCUCUUCAACUGCCCAUAAACAGAACCCUGGCACUUGGUCUCCCCCAAGCUUGUAACAUGGGUGGCGUUCCAAUGCAGUGCAAAGCUUCUGGCACUCCUCUACCAGCUCCAGGCCCUGUCCCCUUUCUACUUCCGCCAACCCUUCCACCUACCGCCGCGUCUCCUUUAAGUCCUGGAGCUUCCAAAGCUUCAACAGAAGGUCCAGCACCAGAAUCUGAUGCUCCACUGGACUUGAUACCUGCAUCACCGCCAGAAGAACCAAAAGCUCCCUCAGCCAAUGUAAAUCCUGGGAUUAGACCAGUAUUACAGCCAUCGGCCUCUAGUCCAUCUUGCAUUUCACCUCCCCCGAUACUCGUAAUAUUGAUCGGAAUGACAAUUAUCAGGUUCUUUUAA